AUGAAUAAAAGACCUAAUACAACAAACAGGGCAUCUCAAGUCCGAACAAUCCCAUAUUUACGAGAGUCCCGAUCCCUCGUCCCGGGACAAACGGGACGAGACAAAUUACAAUUUGUUCCAUUCCAGAUUGCUUCGCAUAAAAGCGUCGUUAAUCAUGAUAUGCUUUUUGCUCUGACCUAUCGUUGGACGGUAUGGGAACCUGUCAAGUUGUAUGACCUAAGAACCUUAGAACAACUAAGCCACGGAGAUGAUUAG